AUGGAUGCUGAAGCCAACAACUCUGCAAUUGCCGGCGAGAGCUCUGCCACACAGCCAACAUGGCCACUGCAAUUCGUCCUCAAAUUGCCGGAACCCAGGCAGCAAGGGGCGGCCGGGCAUUCGCCACCAGAAGCAGGUGUGACGAAGCAGAUUUGGUGGAGUUAUGACCUGUACCGCGGACCGCGAAAUCAAAAGCCGAAAGUUUUGUACGCUAGAUCCAAGGCUGAGGCCGAGGAGAUAGCACAAGGGUUCCUGCAGGAAGACGUGCUAGGCUUCGACAUGGAAUGGCCGUGCUUUGACGGGGACAGCCGGAACGAGGACCGCCUGCAAGACAAGGUCGGAUUGAUAGCCAUCGCAUGCGAGACAAAGAUUGCGCUCUUCCAUCUCGGCGCCUACACUGGCAAGAAGCCCAGGGACUUCAUCGGCCCUGAACUUCGAGCGAUCAUCGAGUCGCCGCGGAUAAAGAAAGCCGGCGUCAACAUCCUGGCCGCGGACUUUGGGAGGCUUCGAGAGUGGUUCGAACUGGAGCCGCAGGGUGCGGUAGAGCUGAGUCACCUCCACAAUCUCGACAACUAUGGGCGCAGCGGCCAGACUAGUCACUGUACCACCAGACUGUGUGCCCUGGACAAGCUAGUCCAAACAUAUUUGCACUUUCCACUGAAGAAGAGUAGUGUUCGGACAAGCAACUGGGGCCAGAAGAAGCAGCUCAGCCGCGAGCAAAAGGCAUAUGCGGCUUCGGAUGCUUACGCCGGGUUCAUGCUGUAUCAUUGCCUGAACUCUCUGAGGCAGUCGAUAGAACCCAGUCCUCCGCCGCCACCAUUGUAUGCGGAGCGAUACAAGUGGAUCGAAUUGCCGAGACGAGGAACCGCGCUCCUGCUCGAGCUCGACAAUCCUGGUAAAGAAGGGACCUUGGAAGUCAUCUCAGCCGUUGAUCACUUUGAAGGCCAUCAUGACAACAUUCAUACGGUGACUAUCACGUCCUCAAUGAUGCCAACGAAACAUAACGCCGAGUUGGAAGACUCCCGGACAGCAUCACCUGCACCUAUUCAAGAAAAAACCGCCAGGCAACCAGAACGGCACAUCUCUCAACACACUGGCUCCCAGCGCCGGAAGAACACUUCAUCACGAAAGAGAACCGACCCCUUGCUCCAGGCACUCAAAGUGCACCGGGGGAAAAUCGCCAAACAGCGACGCUUAGACACCUGGAAGGUCGUACACAACUCUGCACUGAAGCUGAUCGCGCAGCACAAGCCCGAGAACGAAAGGUCAUUGAUGGAGAUAAAGGGUGUUGGGCCGCAGACGGUGAAGAAGUACGGAGCUGCAAUCUUGAACAUUGUUGCUCUUCAUGCCGCGGGCGAUAGACAGUCGACUGAAAACGAGCAGUCGGACAAAGAGGCCGACCCUAAUGCCGAUGGAUCUAAUAUUUUGGUGGCAUCUGAGAGCUCUACGAACUUGACUGAGACGGCUCAGAACAUUUCUCAUGGCUCCGAGACAUCGCAAUUUGACACAGAUCCGCCGUGUGCCCCUCAGGGGAAAGGACUCGAUAGGGGAGGUCCGUCACAAUCAAUUGUGAUUAGUGACGAGGAUGACAUUGCGACGCUUGAGACCCCGUCGCGGAAAACGGUAAAGAGGAGGACAGCACAGACUCGCUGA